CAUAAAUUACACACUUUUCCCCCGUGUGCGCAGUGUAUCUGCAGUUCUGCUGCACUGUUCCCUACGCAGGAUGUGGAUGUUACGGGUGAAUUUGCUUCUCAUUACGCUUCUUAGCGUAGGAUUGUCGCUGUCAAGCGCACAGCAGGCGUCGUCGAGCCCGAGCAUCGUUUUUAUCAGCCCGGAGCAGAUCAAAGACAUUGGCGAGCAAGUGACGCUCAACUGUUCGAUCGCGAACGUGAAGAACUACAUCGUCGGCUGGCAGAAGAGCAACCGGGACCGGACGAAGGAAAGCAACAUCAUCUCGCUCGGUGUACAGCUGGCCGUUACGGAGGAUCGUUUCCGGUUGAACUUUACCAAGGAAAACAAUGCCGCUAACUAUGUGCUGGAGAUUCAUGACAUCGUCAACACGGAUGCCGGUUUGUACGAGUGCCAGAUACAGGUGAACAGUACGAGCAAGAUCACGAAAACGGUUGAGCUGCAGGUACGGCAUCCACCGAUGCUGCUCGAGAACCAGCACACAAACACGCUCACCAAGGCGGAAGGAGAAGACGCACAGCUGGUGUGCCGUGCCGAAGGAUACCCACGCCCUUCCAUUACUUGGCGCCGUGAGUACAACGCUAUCCUGCCGAUCGGUGGUCAAACAUACACCGGCAAUGAGCUGCGCCUGAACGGGCUUCGUCGGGAGGACCGUGGUACGUACUACUGCACGGCUGAUAACGGUGUGGGACGGACCGAUACGAAGACAAUCACACUCGAGGUAGAGUUUGCACCGGUCAUUCGUGUGCCUCGGCCAAAGGUAGCCCAAGCAAUCGAUUACGACAUAGACGUGGAGUGUGUGGUACAGGCAUUUCCGGCUCCGGCCAUCGCCUGGUACCGCGAUGGCAAACAAAUCCACAACGGUGGUUCGUACAGUAUCUCGCAGAUUGGAUCACCGGAUGAUGUUACGACGUCGGUGGUGAAGGUCUAUUCCGUUGCGUCCGAGCAUUAUGGCGACUACGUGUGCAAGGCCACCAAUAAGGUCGGACAAGCUGAAGCUCGGUUGAAUCUGUUCGAGCAAAACGUUCCCAACAUCAAUUAUUCCGGUUUGAAAUGGACUAAUGGAGGCACCCCGAUGCGGACAGUAGUGCUCGGACAUAUGCUUAUCGUUGUAACAACGUUACUGUUAGCAACGCUCUUGUGAAUAGGUCGCUGGAAAACGGAUGGCCCACAGGGUAACACUUGGUGCCAUGCGUGCUUUUUUAGCUUCCUGUCAAGAACUGGACGAUGAUUCCAUUUUCCUAGCGGAAAGCAACCAUUCAUCAGCACUAUUUCCAUCAAAACGGACAGUGAAAAGCAUCUCAUAAUUCUUCAAAGAUAAUCAGGAAUAACUACUAACUCUAUCCUUCGUUUUCUGUACUGUGGAUAUUGAAACUUAAAAAGAAAACAUUACAGCAUCUUCUGUUAAAAAGCUCAUCUUACCCUUCCUCAUUGGGCUCUUUCCGGUGAAAGGGCCUGUGUCUUGAACCUAGAGUGCAAAAGCGAAGUACAUUCCCGAACCGACGGAAGCGCAUAUCCCGCCUCCCGGCGGCUGUAGGCUGUUUGAAGCGAUGGUACAAUUUUACUCAGACAAAAACAAAACAAACAAAAGCGACCAGUAAACGAGUAGAACGUAGGUAGUAUUGCGGUAUAGAAUGGCGAUAUAUUUUGUGUGAGCCUAUUCGUAUAUUGGCGUAUCAUAGAGACGGGAAGCAAUUUCGAGCUAGAAAACAAUUUUAAUAUAACGUCUUCACCCUUUCGUCACUAGAUAAAUCGUAGAACAAAACGGAACAAAACAAAACAAAAGAAAAAAUAGACUGCAGGGACGAUGCGAUGGCAUGAAUUACAAAGCCAUACCUUUCCUUUCUGAUUACUCUCUUUCUGUCUCUGAUUAGGCUAAGAAUUUAUGCAAUAGUUAAACAAAAACACCGAAGAAAGCGUACAUUUGGAAUAAAAUCGAAACAUUGCUG